UGCUGCAGCCGCAGCGGCGGGCCGGGGGCUGCCGGGCGGGGACCCGGGCUGCGCGCGGGCCAGGCGGGAGCCCGGCCUCGGAAAGGGAUGCCUCCUGCCUCGAACCACAGGAACACCCACCGGCCCCCCCUACGAUGAUCCCCCCGGCGAGCAGCACCCCUCCAGGAGAGGCCCUGUUCCCCAGUUUGGCUCCUCAGGACUUCUGGAGGUCUCAGGUCUCAGGCUACUCGGGGUCCGUUACCCGGCACAUCAGCCAUCGAGCCAACAACUUCAAACGGCACCCCAAGAGGAGGAAGUGCAUUCGUCCUUCCCCGCCCCCACCCCCCAACACCCCGUGUCCCAUCGAGCUGGUGGACUUUGGGGACCUGCACCCCCAGAGGUCCUUCCGGGAGCUGCUCUUCAACGGCUGCAUUCUCUUUGGCAUCGAGUUCAGCUAUGCCAUGGAGACAGCGUACGUGACCCCCGUGCUCCUGCAGAUGGGCUUGCCUGACCAGCUCUACAGUCUGGUGUGGUUCAUCAGUCCCAUCCUUGGUGAGCCCCAGCUCAGCCCCGCUGGUGGAUGGCCUCCGGAAACCUAUGGAAGCUUCCAGAAGCCCGAGUUGAAGCAGCUAGAGGGUCAAGGGAGGAGCAAGAGAUUCCUACUGCAGCCACUGUUGGGUGCUUGGAGUGACCGGUGUACCUCAAGGUUUGGAAGGAGACGCCCUUUCAUUCUUGUCCUGGCUAUAGGGGCAUUGCUGGGCCUCUCGCUCCUGCUCAACGGCCGGGACCUGGGCACGGCGCUGGCCGACUCGGCCGACGACCACAAGUGGGGCCUCCUCCUGACCGUGUGCGGGGUGGUGCUGAUGGACUUCAGCGCUGACUCCGCGGACAACCCCAGCCACGCCUACAUGAUGGAUGUGUGCAGCCCCGCGGACCAGGACCGCGGCCUCAACAUCCACGCCCUGCUGGCAGGCCUCGGAGGAGGAUUCGGCUACGUGGUUGGGGGCAUCCACUGGGACAAAACUAGCUUCGGGAGAGCCCUGGGUGGGCAGCUGAGGGUGAUCUACAUCUUCACUGCGGUCACCCUGAGCGUCACCACCGUCCUGACCCUGCUCAGCAUCCCUGAGAGACCCCUGCGGCCCCCUGGCGAGAAGAAGGCCACCAUGAAGAGCCCCAGCCUCCCGCUGCCACCGUCCCCGCCCGCGCUGUGCGAGGAAGGCGCGGGCGAGCCCCUGCCCUGUCCCCCGGCCCCCAGCCUGUACGCCGGCCUGUCCAGCCCCAUCUCCCCACUCAGCCCCCUCACGCCCAAGUACGGCAGCUUCACCAGCCGCGACGGCUCCCUGACGGGGAUCAACGAGUUCGCCUCAUCCUUUGCCACGUCCAACAUAGACAGCGUGCUCAUUGACUGCUUCACGGGCGCCCCCGACGGCGCCCCGCGGCAGGCCCUGAGCGUCAGCUUCCCCCGGGCCCCCGACGGCUUCUACCGCCAGGACCUCGGGGACAGGCGGGAGGCAGCCCUGGUUGGGGGCCCCGACGGGGACGUGCUGAGGGUGGGCUCCCUGGACACCCCCAAGCCACGCUCGGCCGGGAUCCUGAAGAGACCCCAGACCUUGGCCAUCCCGGAUGCAGCCGGAGGAGGGGGCCCCGACACCAGCCGCCGGAGGAACGUGACCUUCAGUCAGCAGGUGGCCAAUAUUCUACUGAACGGCGUGAAGUACGAGAGUGAGCUGGCGGGCUCCGGCGAGCCGGCGGGGCAGCCUCUGUCCAUGAGGCACCUCUGCUUCACCAUCUGCCACAUGCCCAAGGCACUCCGCAAUCUCUGCGUCAACCACUUCCUGGGGUGGCUCUCAUUUGAGGGGAUGCUGCUCUUCUACACCGACUUCAUGGGUGAGGUGGUAUUUCAGGGAGACCCCAAAGCCCCGCACACGUCAGAAGAAUAUCGGAAAUACAACAGCGGCGUCACCAUGGGCUGCUGGGGGAUGUGCAUCUAUGCCUUCAGCGCUGCCUUCUACUCAGCUAUUCUUGAGAAGCUAGAAGAAUACCUCAGCAUCCGCACACUGUACUUUAUCGCCUACCUGGCCUUUGGCCUGGGGACUGGGCUCGCCACCCUGUCCCGGAACCUCUACGUGGUCCUGUCACUCUGCAUCACCUACGGGAUUUUAUUUUCCACCUUGUGCACCCUGCCCUACUCACUUCUGUGCGAUUACUACCAGAAUAAAAAGUUUGCAGGGUCCAAUGCGGACGGCACCAGGCGGGGCAUGGGCGUGGACAUCUCCCUGCUGAGCUGCCAGUACUUCCUGGCCCAGAUUCUGGUCUCCCUGGUGCUGGGGCCUCUGACCUCGGCCGUGGGCAGCGCCAAUGGGGUCAUGUAUUUCUCCAGCCUGGUGUCCUUCCUGGGCUGCUUGUACUCCUCCUUAUUUGUCGUUUAUGAAAUCCCUCCCAGCGAUGCCACCGAGGAGGAGCACCGGCCCCUCCUGCUGAACGUCUGACACCCCGGAGCCUCACCUUUGGCCUCGAGCCUGUGCCUGGGGGUCUGGAGCCGUCCAGCCAGUGGGAAACCCAGGGCCUUGGUGGACGCAGGACAGGUCUCCUGUGGAAUGUACAUAUGUGAUAAAACAAUAAACAGCA